UAAUGAGUUGAUGAAGGAAACGUAGUAGGAUUACUGCCUAGCAAUGUCAUGUCUAUUGGAGGCUGGCUAAUGUCAACACUUUGGAGUCAUUGCUAUUGCUGUCCUCUCUCCACGGGACUUCUGCAGCAGCCCUUUAACUGGGCACCCUGCUUCCUUUCUCCACGCCUGCUCUCCCAACCCACCUGUUCUUACAGACUGUCUGAAGUUAUCAUUGUAAAAUAUUAAUGUCGCUUCCCUGUCCAGAGCCUUGCCGUGGCUUCCUGUCACACCAAGAAUAAUUAAGUCCAGAGUCCUUCACCUUGCCUGUGAAGCCCUGUGUCACUUGAACUGAUUCUCAUCUUCUCUUUCUUCAUUUCAGGUCUUUGCACAGAUAUCACUUUUUCAGUUACCUUCCCUGACAACCCUGUCUAAAAGAGCACUGAGUUGGGCCAACCCCUUAUCCUGUUUGUGGUUUUUCUCCAUAGACCCUUCCCAGCUAGGAUGCAUGGGUUGGAAUCGGAGCCUGAACUCCGACCUGACUACAACCAGCAUCAUGCGGUUACUAAUUGCUCUUCAUUCACCUGUUGAUGCCUCCCAGAAAAAAACGCUGCCAGCGUUCCCAGAAAGGCCAGCUGCUAUUCCAAGAACCACCACUGGAGGGCCCCAAACAUCGCUAUGGCUCUCCCCAGCUUACCAUCACACACACUAGACAGGUGCCCAGCAAGCCCAUUGACCAUAACACCGUCACUUCCUGGGUAUCACCUCAGUUUGAUAUGACAGCAGAAGGCUGGUUCCCAGUGAACCAGAAGCAUCAUCGUCGAAACCAGGCAAGACAUUCAAGUCGAAAAUCCACCACCUCCAAGUUCCCACAUCUAACAUUUGAGAGUCCGCUGUCUUCCUCCGGUUCAGCUGUACUUGGGAUGCCCUUGACCAGGGAAUGUCCUGGUCAGUCAGAAAAGCGCAUUUCUGGAAGGUCCUUAGUUCCAAUGCUCAGUCCUCAAAGCUGUGGGGAAGUGUCAGCACACGUGCUUCAAAACUUACCUUAUGUAUUCAUUCCACCUGAUAUCCAGACCCCAGAGUCAUCGUUUGUGAAGGAGGGGCCCGUUUCCCCCGAUCAGAGGGAAUGUAGCCUUCUGAGCAGCUCCUUCCACACUAGUACUCCCAAGAGCCCAGAGGCUGGGCCUGUUCUAGUUAAAGACACCCCUGAAGAGAAGUAUGGGAUCAAGGUCACAUGGAGGAGACGACACCACUUGUUUACUUACCUCAGGGAGAGAGGGAAGCUGAACAAAAACCAGUUCCUUGUGAAGAACUCACUGGAUUCCUCAGACUCCAACAGUCUUGAGAAAUUUUCAUGAAGUUGCUAAAGUACUUUUCUGGCUUGCAGGAGAGUACUUUAGGAGAAUAAAACAGAAAUAAAGUCAAUAACCUCAAUAGAAAAAAGAUGUCUUAAUCAGAAUUUUGGAGUCAUAAGGGAAUUCAAUUCCCAGAUUUGCUUUUUAAAAUAUCUUUUCCUAGAAAGUUUUUAGUGUCAGAAACAGUUCAUAUUUUUCUUACAUUAACUGUUUAAAAUUUUAAAGUAUCUUGUAGUAACUAUUUAAAAUGUAUGUAAAUAAAUGGUUGCAGAAAGGUU